AUGGUUAAGUUGAUGGUUCCAUCCAUAAACUUCACACAGACUAGAGGGAGCAAGAUUGAAGUGUUCGGACCAUUCGAUCCACCAAAGCAACUCACAUUCAAACAGGUUGAAGAACGUGUUUUAAAGGCAGUUCGUUCAUGGGAUCGGUUCCCCGCCGAUAAAGAGUCGCUCCUGAAACUCGAUGCUGAUUUGAACAAGGACUUUGGUUUCGACUCUUUGGAUCAGGUUGAAAUCGUGAUGGCAUUGGAGGACGAGUUCGGGUUCGAAAUUCCACUUCAGGACUCCGACAAGUUCAAAACCAUUCGCGAUGCAUUCAAGUACAUCUGCGAAAGAGAAGAUGUCUACGAGUAG